AUGUUGGAGAGCCCUCCUGCUAGCAAUCCGCCAGAAAUCAUUGGCUAUGUCGAUCCGUGGAUUGCUAGUCCUGGCAGUACAAUUGGCGUUAAGGUCUCGUCAACAGAGCCAGACUUAAACUAUCAUGUCACUCGUCUCAUCCAUGGUCCCCAAGGUGCCGAUACAUCAGGAAUGAAGCCCGAAAUCAUCUCAUCCGUAUUGCCUGGCAGUUGUAAGGGCCGAUAUCAGGUUGCGCAUCCAGGCUCCUACGCUAUCAUUUCUAAGAGAGAUUACCAAGUUGGAACAACCGGCUUGGAAUUUAGUCUUUAUUUCCAAUCGCAUCUUGUUGAAGCGAAGCAUGCCCAAACCCUGGUUUCAACUCUUGAUGUACCAGCAAAGACUGGAUACGCAGCAGUAUUGACUGCUGGAGGCUCCUUCGAGUUCUGGAUCGGAACAGGCAAAACGGUAGAAGUGGUGUCUACUGGGUUUAAACCAGAUCUAAAAAGGUGGGUUGAGCUUCGCUUCACUAUUCGAAGAGCAGAAUUUGAAUAUGAGAUCAAUCCCAAGUCUACCUUUACAGACGUUCCUCAGCCAGCUAGCAGCGGAAGAAAGACCCUUGACUACGAAGCGGAUAUUACAAAGCCAUGCAUUUUAACUCUAUCAGCAAUGUUUGCUGUUGGCCCCGAUGAAGCAUCCAACCAUGCGAUCAAUUUUUUUAAUGGUCGUAUUGAUAGCCCUACAAUGAGAUCGGCUUGUUCCAAUAACCACACACUAGCGAAAUGGGAUUUCUCUUUAAAAAUCCCAACUGACAGUCUCGUUGAUGUGUCCGGAAACAGGGCAGGUGCAGAAGGUCGUCUGAUAAAUGCACCAACGAGAGCAGUGACGGGGCACGAUUGGGACGGCAUGGAAUCAGACUGGACUAAAGCAAAAUACGGCUACGGAGCCAUUCAUUUCCAUGAAGAUGAUCUUGAUGAUGCGGCUUGGGAAACUGAUUUCUCGAUAACCUUGCCCGAUAACCUGAGAUCUGGUGUCUAUGCGAUCGAGAUUGAAGCACAUAAUGGCAGUGCAAAAGAUACCGUACCAUUCUAUGUACGCCCUACAUCAGCUACUAGUGCAGCACUUGGGGCAAAGGUUGCGUACAUAAUUUCUACUUUUACUUAUCUUGCCUAUGCAAACGAGCACGUGUUUGACCGGGCGCAUCUGAAAGAUGUGGUGAAUACCACUUGGAAAGCCAUACCGGAUAAGCAUGCGGAAAAAACAGUACGACGAAAUGACUUGGGACUUUCUUGCUACGACCUUCACAACGAUCGAUCUGGGGUAAUAUACUCAACAUCCAAGAGGCCGAUUCUGAAUAUGCGUCCCGACUACAUCAGUUGGAAUUUUCACAGACCCCGAGGCCUUAGUGCUGAUUUGUUAAUGCUAGAAUUUCUAGAAAAAAGCGGCAUUCCAUACGACGUUGUUUGCGAUCAUGACUUGCAUACUUCAGGAAAAGCCAGUAUUAGUCGUUAUGGCACCAUUAUUACUGGUUCUCAUCCAGAAUAUCAUACUGUUGAGAGCCUCGGCGCAUAUUCAGACUUCAUCAAGGCCGGUGGCAAUGUGAUGUACCUUGGAGGAAACGGCUUCUAUUGGAGCUGUGCCACUCGGGACGAAUUUUUCCAUAGAGUUGAGAUUCGCAGAGGAGGAGAAGGGAUAAGAUCAUUCACUUGUGCCGGGGGUGAUCGCAUUUUCAGCAGCAAUGGGCAGUCGGGUCUAUUGUGGAGAUCUCGAGGCCUACCUGCUAAUUGCUUGUUCGGCGUCGGCUGCUGUGCAGAAGGUCCGGGUCCAGGCGUGCCGUAUAAACAAACAGAUGCCGGAAAAGACGCAUCAUUCGCAUGGAUGUUUGACGGUAUUGGAGAAGACGAGCUCCUUGGCGAGUUCGGCUUUGGAGGUGGCGCAAGUGGCGAUGAGAUGGAUAAAUGCGACUACAAGAUUGGAAGUCCACGCAAUACGGUUGUUGUUGCGACUAGUACGGGACACCCAGACAGAUUUGGGAUGUUUCCUGAGGACAUUUCAUUCCCUUUCCAGAACGUCCUCGGCACUCAGACCAGGGAGGUUAGAUCCGACGUUACAUACUAUGAAACGAGCGGUGGCGGCGCUGUUUUCAGCGUUGGGAGCAUCAAUUGGCUUUGCUCGCUGGGAUGGAACCAUUUCCAGAACAAUAUCGCACGACUCACUGGAAAUGUUCUGAAAGAGUUUGUGCACAGGCAUAAAUAA